AUGAAUAGUGCUCAACUACUUAGCAGAGACAGGACAGCCAGUAUAAGAUGCUUCCUCCUCUUGCUGCUGCUCCUCCUCUGCGGCGAGCUCGGGGGAGGACAGAAAAAGAAGGAGAAUCUAUUGGCUGAGAAGGUGGAACAGCUGAUGGAGUGGAGCUCAAGACGCUCGGUCAUCCGCAUGAAUGGAGACAAAUUCCGAAGAUUUGUGAAGGCUCCACCUCGUAACUACUCAGUGAUAGUGAUGUUCACUGCUCUCCAGCCGCAGAGACAAUGCUCUGUUUGCAGGCAAGCUAACGAAGAAUAUCAAGUGUUGGCUAAUUCAUGGCGCUAUUCAUCUGCUUUUUCAAACAAACUGUUUUUCACAAUAGUGGAUUAUGAUGAAGGGGCAGAUGUUUUUCAACAGCUGAAUAUGAACUCUGCUCCGACUUUCAUGCAUUUUCCUCCAAAAGGUAAACCCAAGAGAGCUGACACGUUUGAUCUGCAGAGAAUUGGAUUUGCAGCUGAGCAGCUAGCUAAAUGGAUAGCUGACAGAACAGAUGUUCAUAUUAGAGUGUUUAGGCCUCCUAACUAUUCUGGUACAAUUGCAUUGGCUCUUCUGGUAUCUCUUGUUGGUGGCUUGUUAUAUCUGCGAAGAAAUAACUUAGAGUUCAUCUACAAUAAAACUGGCUGGGCCAUGGCAGCUCUGUGUGUUGUAUUUGCUAUGACAUCUGGUCAAAUGUGGAAUCACAUCCGUGGACCGCCAUAUGCACAUAAAAAUCCUCAGAAUGGACAAGUGAGUUACAUACAUGGAAGCAGUCAAGCUCAGUUUGUUGCGGAAUCCCAUAUUAUUCUUCUGCUGAAUGCUGCUAUCACCAUGGGAAUGGUACUCCUGAAUGAAGCUGCUACCUCCAAAGGGGAUGUUGGAAAAAGGAGAAUAAUAUGCUUGGUAGGCCUGGGUCUGGUGGUCUUUUUCUUCAGCUUUCUGUUGUCGAUAUUUCGGUCCAAAUAUCAUGGCUACCCAUACAGCUUCUUAAUUAAAUGAAUUCAGGAGAGAUUCAUUUAGAGCUACUUACCAUGAAGAUAAGCUGUUACUGAUAUCUGCCCACCAAUGUUACGUGUAUUCAAGAAUCUUUUGUUGGUUCAUCUGUUUUUGUGAUAAUUUAUAUAGUAUCCUGAUAGAUAAAUGAGUGCAGUUUUAUGCAAUGAAUAUGUAAUUUAUAGAAACAUACAGUAAACACCUCAUUUGAAAGUGCUAAGAAGUUAUGAAUAUAGUGUGGUCAAGAAUUUAAAUAAAUUUCAUUAUUAUGGG